ACGUUAAGCUCUUAACAUCGUUCUGAACGCUGCAGGGAGUUAUUCAAGGGAAGUAACUCUAUUUUCAUGCGUGGCUGGCAAGCGAAAACCGUGGGCAUGUGGAUUGCGAAGAUGCAUGAUGUCUUCAGAAUCAUUUGAUAAACAGAGAGAAAGUUGUUUUGACGGACUAGACUUGAGCAGGAAGGGAUCUAUCGACGCCCCGAUUGCUCAUCUUGUCAAGUUGAUAAAUGAACAGUCCAACUAUUUCACAACCAGCUCGUGUUCAGGAAGAAUACUCAUGUUUGAACAGGAUACAGGGAACCGAGUGAAGAAGAAAGGCUGUAAAUGGCUGUUUACCUCUCAUGAUGUUGUCCAACCAGAAGAAGUGGUGAGCAGCCUGGGAAGCCUGGAUGGGGAUGCUGUGUUCAAGUUCGAGCCCCUGGUGCUCCAUGUCCAGUGCCGGUCAGUGGAAGAUGCCCAGAGUCUGCAUGCCUGUGCAGUUGCUUCAGGGUUCCGAAACUCAGGGAUCACCAUCGGCUCUCGGGGCAAGAUAAUUACAGCAGUGAGAAGUACUCAUUCUCUGGAAGUUCCGCUGUCCAAGGAUCGAAGGUUGAUGGUGUCACAUGAGUAUUUAAAAUUCCUUACCGAUUGUGCCAAUUCAAAGAUGCAAGAGAACUUGACAAGAAUAAAAAGGUUUCAUGACAAUGUCAGUGCCAUGCUGUCCCGUCCAGAGAGUGAGAAGACGAAGAAGAACAGAAGGAACAGGAAGGCGAGACCCGACCCAGCAGAGCAGCCACCUUGUGAUGCUGAUGUUGGAGGGAGAAAUGUUGUCGAGGAUGAUAUUAGUCCAAGCUUUCUGUUUGAUGAUACGUAAAAAUAAAGGUUUUCUUUCAUA